AUGUCCAUUAGUGAUACGGUUCCCUACUCAAGGAUACACCACCAGGAUGAAUGGAUUUCUUCCAAACAAACAGGUGUCCUAUUCGAAUACGAUGCGGAAACAGUCGACGGAGACCUGAUCAGCGAUAGAUUCCAGUUGAAACGAGCAGAGAACCGUCGGCUAGAUCUGGUCUGGCGGAAUAUAAUCCUGUUCGCUUUGGAGCACCUGGCUGCGCUCUAUGGCCUGUACUCCAUAUUCACAAAGGCGAAACUCGAAACUACUCUUUUUGCUGCCGGAUUGUAUAUCAUUGGCAUGCUAGGCGUUACAGCCGGUGCCCAUCGUCUUUGGGCGCAUCGCACCUACAAGGCCAAGUGGCCCCUCCGCCUGAUUCUGGUCAUCUUUAACACGGUCGCCUUCCAGGAUGCCGCCUACCACUGGGCCCGUGACCAUCGCGUCCACCACAAAUACUCGGACACUGAUGCCGAUCCGCACAACGCCACCCGUGGGUUCUUCUUCUUGCACGUCGGCUGGCUUCUGUGCAAAAAGCAUCCGGAUAUCAAGGAAAAGGGAAAGGGACUGGACCUCUCCGACCUGCGCGCCGAUCCUAUUUUGAUGUUCCAACGAAAGCACUACUAUAUCCUCAUGCCCCUCGCCUGCUUUGUUCUGCCCACUGUAAUUCCAAUGGUUUACUGGAAUGAGACACUGGCCUCCUCCUGGUUCGUGGCCAGCAUGUUCAGGUGGUGCUUCCAGCUGAACAUGACCUGGUUGGUGAACAGUGCGGCCCACCAAUUCGGAAAUCGUCCAUACGACAAGACCAUGAAUCCCACCCAGAAUGCUUAUGUAUCGGCCUUUACGUUUGGCGAGGGAUGGCACAACUACCAUCAUUCCUUCCCAUGGGACUACAAGACGGCCGAAUGGGGCGCUAAUAUAACCACGGCCUUCAUCGACAUGUUCGCCACGAUCGGCUGGGCCUACGACCUCAAAUCAGUAGCUCCCGACAUGAUUAAGCGGCGGGUACUCCGCACUGGCGACGGUUCCCACGAGCUGUGGGGCUGGGGCGAUAAGGACAUGACAGCGGCGGAUGCCAGAAACGUGCUCUUCGUCGAUAAAAGAUCACGAUUUUUGUAGUACUCCUAAAUUAAAAACUUAAUAACAACAAGCUUUAGGCGUUU